AGGUCGGGUGUGGCGGGCCGGCCAAGGCCUGCAGGUGGCGCGCCCUGGUGGCGGGGACGGCCGGCCGGGAGUGGAGUGGACCCCAGCAGCCCAGGGGGAGGGCUGUGGGACCGAGCCGCAGCCGUGCCGCAGCCGAGCAGUGCAGCAGUGGACUGGCCCGUUCCGCCGCGAACAUGAGUGCAACCUCCUCCGCGAGAGCUUGCCGUCGAUAACCUCCGCUGCCCGUCUGUCUGUCAGUGCGCCCGCCCGCGCACCCCUCCGAGUAGUGCGUCGCGCCCGAGUGCCGCCGCCGGCCGCGCCAUGUCCGGGCCCGAGGUGCCCGAGGCCCCCGUGGAGCCGCCCGCCGCCCCCCGCCAGGGCCGGCCCUCUCUGACGCGCAGCCUGGCCGGGGAGGACGACUCCGUGCCCGCCGGCAAGGAGACCUGGGUGUUCCAGGCGGUGUCGCCCUUCACCAAGGAGGGCCUGUUCAUGCCCGAGUGCCACAAAGGAUGCAGUGAUAGUGAUGAAGUGCUUCACGACGAGGAGCCGCCGCCCCCGGGCCCGCCGCCCGAAGUGCCGCGGCGGGCGUCGCGCGGCGACAAGACGGCGCUGUCCGGGACGGUCAGCCCCGCCAUGUCGUCGGCACCGGGGUCGUCGGCCAGCUCCGUCAAGAUGUCCGCCAUGGAGGAGGAGUCCCUGCGCGACCGUCGCCGGAGUGCGCUGCUGCGCGAGUGCGCCGACAUCCUGACGGCCGACGAGAACGUGCCCAGGUUCACCCGCGACGCCUUCCGGCGCGUCUUCCAGGAGAAGGAUCUUUUAGUCAUCCUCUUCAAACUCUUCGACCAGGACCGCGAUGAACUCCUGGGCCAGGAGGACUGGAUCGAAUUCCUCAAACAGCGCCUAACGGACGAGCGGCACAUUGACUUCGCCGAGCAGGUGGAGAGCGUCGCCUACGUCCUAUGCGGCGACGGGCCCCUAGACCUGCACCGAUUCUGCCAGCUGUUCCAGGCCAAAGGGAUCGUGGACAAGCUGUUUCGCAUGGUGGACACGGAGUCCACUGGGAGCGUGACCGCUGAGCAGAUCCUGUCUCUCAUCGCCAACCUCACCAACUCCAGGUACGCUUCCUUCUUGCUGCUUUUUGUUCUCGUGAUCCCUAUGCGACCUGCUUUCGUGUCGCGCGCCAUCGAGUACCGCCUCCACAACGGCUACAUCAUCCUGGCCAGGGCUUGCGGCCAGUGCCUCAACUUCAACUGCAUGAUGGUGCUGGUGCUAAUGCUGCGCCACUGCAUCACGUACCUGCGCACGCGCGGCUUCAGCCAAUUCCUGCCGCUGGACCAGCACAUCUACUUCCACAAGGUGACGGGCGUGCUCAUCUUCGUCUACGCGUCCGUGCACACCGUCGCCCAUCUCCUCAACUUCACGCUGCAGGUGGUCAACGACCCGGUGGUGAACGCCAAGAACUACACGCUGUACGAGUGGCUGCUCACCUCCAAGCCGGGGGUGUACGGCCUGGUCGGGGGUGCGGCCAACCCCACGGGCGUGGCGCUGGGCGUGCUGCUGCUCGUCAUGUUCUUCUGCUCGCAGGCCUUCGUGCGCCGCGGGGGCUGCUUCGAGAUCUUCUACUGGACCCACCUGCUGUACGUGCCGUUCUGGGCGCUGCUCGUCUUCCACGGCCCCAACUUCUGGAAGUGGUUCCUGGGCCCCGGCGUGCUCUUCCUCAUCGAGCGCCUGCUGCGCUUCACGUGGAUGCGCACGGAGCGCGGCAAGACGUACAUCUCGUCCGGGCUGCUGCUGCCGUCGCGCGUCACGCACCUCGUCAUCAAGCGGCCGCCGCACUUCGACUUCCACCCGGGCGACUACGUGUUCGUCAACAUCCCGUCCAUCGCCGUGUACGAGUGGCACCCCUUCACCAUCUCGAGCGCGCCCGAGCAGGAGGACUACAUGUGGCUGCACAUCCGCGGCGUGGGCGAGUGGACCAACCAGCUGUACGCCUACUUCGAGCGCGAGCAGGAGAAGCUGCACAACGUGAGCGUGGAGCUGCCGUCGGCCAGCGCCGGCAGCCAGCCGCAGACCCCCCCGCCGCAACCCUCCGGCCUGCGCAGGCUGCACGCGCGGGUGGAGGAGUGUUUUUUUUUUCGAGGGAAGUGUCCUACGUUUCUUUUACGGUGUGCAAUAAUUUCCGUUUCGCAGGAGAAGCGCGACCUGAUCACGGGCCUGAAGACGCGCACCAACGCGGGCCGGCCCAACUGGGACAAAGUAUUCAAGCAGCUGGUGGCGCAGAAAAAGGGCAAAGUGACGGUGUUCUACUGCGGGCCACCCCAGCUCGCGAGACUGCUCCGAGUCAAGUGCGACCAGUACGGCUUCGCCUUCCGCAAGGAGGUGUUUUGAGAGAGUGACUUGUGUGAAAUGUGUGUAAGAAGUUUAAACGUGAUACAUAAUUCAGUUCAAACAGCAACAGUUGCAUCUGCAACAUUUUGAAUGUCCGUGUGUGCGUCAGAAACAGUUCAGUAGCGUGUAUGUGCACGGCAGAAUGUAAAUGCGCUCUUACGAACUGAGGCCGUUUUGGUCUCCCAACAGUUGUAUUACACGUCCCAGUAUUAGUCAGUAAAGUUACCAUAUGAUCGAAUUCUGCCAUCUUCUGAGUCCUGUCUCGUAUUUAUUUCCUCGACGUGCUCAGAGACCCCGUUGGAAUGAUGUGACCAGCUAGUAAUGAUUAGAGAGCAGGAUCGAAUUGUGAACCAGAUCUUUCUACUUAAAGACUCAAUGCAAGAUGUUACCAUUUAAAUUAAGUUAUUCAAUCAAUUAUUAAGAUGGAAUAGAUUCCAGUUUUAAAUUGGUAGUUUAGAAAUGGAAUGUUCCUUCUGUAAUAUACUCCAGUUGCCAUGAAGACAAGAAAAUCAAGGUCAUCAGCAUAAAAUGAUAGUUACCAUAUGAUGUUUACCGCUUGAUAAAGAAGAGAACCAGUUAUAAAGAAUAAAUUGCUGUGGAUUUCCUAUGAGUGAUUUUUUGUAAGGAGACAUGAAAAAGAUAAUUUUGGUUCAAGUACUAUGUUCAGUUACCAUUAGGUAGGCUAACUAUAAAAUGUUAUGAUAAUGUGUGCUAAGUGAAAUCUUCAUAUAAUAUCCUUCUAGGUGAUCUUUUAAGCACCUUUACGUUCAGAUGUAAAUAUCUCACACAUCAUUUUUUUAAUUAGUUAUUUUGAUAUUAGUUUUUUGUAAGUGUAUUUUUGUACGAAUGCCUGUCUAGCUAGAGUGUUGUCAGAGCUUUACAUUUCUGUUGAAAUUGAUACCGAAAGUCUCUCGACGUAGGUGAUUUACCCGUGUACCUUAAUUUUCUACCGAAGUAGUUUGCUAUAGAAAUUGAAAUACAUAUAUAUCCAAUGCCGCAA